CUCAACUGUUGAGAGCAAAAUUGAACGCAGUCGUGAGAAUUUAUACAUUUUAAUAUUUUGUCAUAGAUCAGAUAAAUCAGAUACAAUGAAUUUUAGGUGUAUUUUCACAGCUUUGUUCUUGGUAGCUUCUUCAACUUUGGUGAGACAAACAAAUGCUGACGAAUGCAAAGAUUUUCUCAAGACGAUGCUCAUGGAUCAAAUGAAGCAUGUCGUUCCAUGCAUUACCGGCCUUGGCCUUUCGAAACCUCACGAAAAGAAGGAGAAAGUUUUUUGUAUUAUGAAAUGCGUUCUGCAAAAGGCACAAAUGCUUGGAGCUGAUGGAAAUGUAGAUUUCGAUUUGGUCAAUAAGCUUUUGGAUGGAAUUCCAGCCUCAUUGAAGGACAAAGCCAACAACAUUUUUUCAGAGUGUGGACAUCUUGCUGCUGAUCUUGAUCCAAAUCAACCAAACUGCGACAGUUAUGCACCUCUUCUUACUUGUGUCACUGAUAUUGGGGCAAAGAUGUGCUAAGCCCCCCCCCCCAUUUUCCUAUUUGCAUAUAAAUUUGGGUCCUGGCUCAAUAUUGGUCAUAAAAAUAAAAAUAAAAUUGUCAUAUUUCUUCAUCCGAAAAUAAUAAAUAAACAAAUUGAAACAACAAA